AUGAAUCCCCUAAACGAUGACAAGUUGGAAAAGAUUUCGAACAAUGAAUUAAUUAGAAGGAUCAUGGAGCUGCAGAAUUCGUUGAUAGUUAUCUCUGACCAUAUGGAGUUACUAAAAAACAAAAAUAGAAUAUUAGAUGAAGAGAAUGAGAAAUUAGAAAAUCACAUAAGAGACAUUGUGAAUAAUGUGAAAACAGAAUUUACACAAAAGUUUGACAAAAAAAGGUCACCUGCGUUGACUUAUGCUCCGUCGGGGCAAAAUUUGAAUCUUCUAAAAGAACACACAAAAAGUAAUAUAUAUAAUUUACUUAUGGAGACAGAAAAGUUAAAUUCCAUUUUUAACAUUGCAUCGAAUGUCCUCAACACGUCAUUUUUCAGCAUAUCAAAAGAACAGGAUGGUAAGAGAAAGGGGAGUCAAUGUGUCCAAGUAUGUCAGGGUGUAGACCCAAGAGAGUUAGAUAUGCAUACACAAAGGGGGCGUUCCAAAAUUUGCAAACUGGAGAGUAAACAAAUGGAAGGAAUUUCAGAGACGAAGAAUUAUAUGAACUGCCCAGGUGGAGAUGUUCCUCAAGGGGGUGUGGAAGUAAAGGGAGGCGAGGAAGUAAAGGGAGGCGAGGAAGUAAAGGGAGGCGAAGAAGUAAAGGGAGGAGAGGAAGUAAAGGGAGAUGUGGAAGUAAAGGGAGGCGAGGAAGUAAAGGGAGGCGAAGAAGUAAAGGGAGGAGAGGAAGUAAAGGGAGGCGAGGAAGUAAAGGGAGGCGAGGAAGGAACGGGAGGCGCGGAAGGAAACGAGAAUAGAGAUAUAAUGGACAGGGUGGAAAUAAUGGAGGACGCAGAAAUAAAGGAGGAAGUUGACGCAAAAGAGGACGCUUCUAUAAUGCUGGAAGUGCUCAGUGUGGAGGAACGCCCCAAUGGGUCGGAUACCAAAAGGGUGGAAGACCAAAUACCCAGCGAGGGGGGAUACAGUCACGAAGAUAAAAUUAGCACCCCGCUGGAUUCACACCAAAUGGAAGAAAAUAUAAAUGGGGAAAAGGACAAAAACGAUGGGGACGAUGAGGCAAAUCAAAGCACACCUGACGAGAGGGGUACCAUUAAAAGGGAAAGUCAAAAUGCUAUACAUAGUAAUAAAAAUGACUAG